AUGGAUAAACAAAAAACAUUAAUAUGCGGGGAUGUGAAUGGCAACUUCAACGCUCUAUUUUCCCGGGUUGAAACAAUUAUAAAGAAAUCUGGAACAUUUGAUGUUUUGCUUUGUGUUGGCAAUUUCUUUGGUGAUGAUAAUUCACAGUUGACUCCAUAUAAACUGAGAACCAAAAUAGUACCUGUGACUACAUAUAUCUUUGGACCAUCAAAACCAGAACAUGUUCCACUGUAUUGUGAAGAGGGAUCUGAGAUUGUUCCAAAUGUUAUUUAUAUGGGUAGAAGAGGGAUAUUUACAACUAGUGCUGAUGUCAAAAUAGCAUACCUCACUGGGUUAUCUAGGAGGGAGCUUGGCAAAGAAAUUCCAAUGUGCACAUUUGAACCCAGUGAUUGUAGCACCGUGAGGGACGCUUGCUUCAGAGGCCAAAGUGAGUACAGAGGUGUAGAUGUUUUGAUCACCACUUUAUGGCCAGCUGGCAUACAACAGGAUGAAUCCCAGAAGAUAGAUUUAGAACAAGACAAGUUAUCAAACUUGUUGUCAUGGCUUGCAAUACAUAUUAAACCCAGAUAUCACUUUGUACCAUCUGAUAAAUAUUAUGAAAGACAACCAUACAGAAAUCUAAGUGAACAUCAGGACUACAGAGAAUGUACAUCAAGGUUUAUAGCACUAGGCCCAGUUGGCAACAAGAUGAAAGAGAAGUGGAUCUAUGCCUGUUCUUUGCAACCAAUCACAAAGAUGAGAGUAACAGACCUAUUGCAAGGCACUACAGAUGAAACACCUUGUCCAUAUGACCCUGAAUUGUUGAAGCAAAAUCAACCUGGAAAAGCUGUUAAGUUCUGCGGUAAUGGUCAAUUCUUCUUUAAUAUGGAUACUCCAGAAGAAGAUCAAGGCAGGAGAAAAAGAAAAGGUGGAGAUAAUCAAGAAAGAAAAAGAAUAGACAUUGAUCCAGAUUCUUGUUGGUUCUGUCUUUCUUCACCAUCUGUGGAGAAGCACUUAGUGAUAAGUGUUGGUACUAACUGUUACCUCGCAUUAGCCAAGGGACCAUUAUCUCCAUAUCAUGUGCUCAUAUUGCCUAUAGCGCAUUACCAAGCCAUUACGAAGGUGUCUGAUGAAAUAGUAGAUGAAAUAAAUAAAUUCAAAGCAGCCUUGAAGAAGUUUGCCAACGACCUGAACAUGCUCGUAGUAUUUUUUGAGAGAAAUUAUAAAACGUCACAUAUGCAGAUACAGUGUGUUCCUGUACCGAAGUCUUGCGAAUCGGAAAUCUUGGAGGUCUUUCAGGAUGAAGCUGGUAUAAACAGUAUUCAGAUUGAGGUGUUACCACAUUUUGCGGACAUAAGGCAAGUGUCUUUGCCAGGCGCGCCAUAUUUCCAUGCUGAAUUACCCUCUGGUGAACAGUUGUACGCAAGAACGAAGCAACAUUUCCCUUUGCAUUUUGGAAGGGAUGUAUUAUCAAGUCCGCCUAUUUUAAACUGUGAAGACAAGGCUGACUGGCGCCAGUGUCAGCUCAGCAGAGAGGAAGAGGACCAAUUUGUGAAGGAAUUUCGAGAAAAGUUUCGACCGUAUGACUUUACUGCCGAAGAAGAUAGUGAUAGUGAUUAA